AUGAGUUUAGUGCAAGGCUAUAGCUCUAGCUCAGAAUCUGAAUCAGAAGUCAAAGAACUUCAACGAAAUCAUGCGGAUAAGGGUCUUGCUUUGAAGGAGAACUCCAAUAGUGUUGUUAUCGGUGAAGAUAUAGGUAUUAAGAGAAAGCUUAAGUCAACAAAAGCAGAAGCCAAAAAGAGAAAGCUCCUUCGUAAAGGCAAAGGCCCUUGGGGAUCGUGGUCGGGUAGUGAAAGCUCAACUUCUGGCGAAGAACCAGAGAAUGAAGAAGUUUCUCAAUACUUCGAAACCGACGAGCCUGACGUGCCAAAUGAAACGCACGUUGAAAGUUCUACUUUCUAUGGGGAGUCCAAAAAAGAUUACCAAAACCGAGGAUUUCUUCACCCGCCAGCUGAGGUGGGCGUUGACUUUACAAAGAAGCUUUUGUCAUUCAAAUGUUUUCUACCAAAAAAAACUAUUCACGUUUACAGUGGCCAUCUAAAUGGUACUGGAGCUCUGCGAUUUCUGCCAAAUUCAGGCCACUUGUUUUUGUCUGGUGGUAACGAUUGCAUGCUUAGGAUCUGGGACUUCUAUCAUGAUCGUGGCUGCCUAAGAGAUUAUAAAGGGCAUUCGAAACCUAUAAAAGCCGUGGAUUUUGCAAAUGAUGGCCGUACAUUUCUAAGUGCUGCAUUUGAUCAGAAAGCGAAAAUUUGGGAUACUGAGACCGGCAAAGUUACUUCUCGAUACAACUUUCAUAGUACUCCGAACGAUCUAAAAUUUCAUCCAUCAGAGCCCAACUCAUUUAUUGUCGGAUUAUCAAACUCCAAAAUCAACCACUAUGAUGUGCGGGUUCAGGCCAAACAAGGUCUCGUUCAAGUAUAUGAUCAUCACUUGAGUAGCAUCUUGAGUUUACGGUAUUUUCCAGAUGGUUCAAAGUUCAUUUCGUCCUCAGAGGAUAAAACAGUCAGGAUAUGGGAGAAUCAAAUUAAUAUUCCUAUAAAGCAAAUUAGUGAUACAGCUCAGCACUCAAUGCCCUAUAUCGAUGUUCAUCCACAGCACCAUUAUUUCUGUACGCAGAGCAUGGACAAUACCAUCUAUACAUACGGGAUGCAACCCAAGUACAAAAGGCACCCAAACAAGUCUUUUAAGGGCCAUCAAUCCGCCGGAUACGGCAUUGGCUUUACGUUCUCGCCCGAUGGGCAUUAUAUCUGUUCUGGUGACGCGAAGAGCAACGUUAUGAUUUGGGACUGGACUACCACAAAACUUUUGAAAACCAUCAGGAUCAGUGGCGGUAAACCCAUCACGCAAGUUGCCUGGAACCCCCAAGAGACCAGUAAGGUUAUCUGUACUGGAGGUGUGGGAAAGAUUUUUUUACUCGAUUGA